UCACAAUCACAUUCACCUUCUCAUGGCGGAUAAAAUGAGAGCCUUGAACCUUCUUCUCCUUUAACAUUUAUUUUUCUUCAGUUUUGUUGCUUCUUUCUCAUCUCCUCAUCUCUUCUGUUAUAAUGGCUGUGGCUAUGGCUUCUGCUGCUAAUUAUGGUGUAUUCUUUACAACCAACACUAAAAACAAGUGUAAAUUUCCUAUCUUUGAACUCAGAAACCACUUUUGGCCUGCUUCCUCUGUCUGCUCACCACCCAACAUUCUUGAGAAAAGAAGAUCUUCACUUUUAAUGCACCACAGUGUUGGGUUGUCAUCUUCCAUGAUGGGAAUCAUUCCAAGAGCAACACCAUCAGUCACAGCUGUGGAGAAUGAUGACGCUGAGACAGUUCCAACCCCCAAAGUUAUAAUCGACCAAGACUCGGAUCCGGACGCCACCGUAGUGGAAAUAACCUUUGGCGAUCGGCUUGGAGCUCUUAUGGAUACGAUGAAUGCCCUUAGAAAUCUUGGGUUGAAUGUUGCUAAAGCAAAUGUCUACCUGGAUUCAUCCGGGAAGCAUAACAAGUUCGCCAUCACUAAGGCUACUACUGGAAGAAAAGUCGAAGACCCGGAACUGCUCGAGGCAAUACGUUUGACGAUUAUAAACAACUUACUCGAGUAUCAUCCUGAAUCAAGUUCCCAGUUAGCAAUGGGUGCGACUUUCGGUGUUGAGCCACCAAAAGAAAAGGUUGAUGUAGACAUUGCAACGCACAUAAGAGUCGACGAUGAUGGUCCCAGUCGUAGCUUGCUAUACAUGGAGACUGCCGAUCGCCCGGGUUUACUGGUGGAUCUUGUAAAAAUCAUCACCGACAUCAACAUCACGGUUGAGUCCGGGGAGUUCGACACUGAGGGGUUGUUGGCAAAGAUGAAGUUUCACGUCAGCUACAAGAGUAAAGCUAUCAGCAGGCCCCUGCAGCAGGUUCUUGCUAAUAGUUUACGAUAUUUCCUGAGGCGUCCUACUACGGAGGAGGCGAGUUUUUAGAACCCGGAUCGUGUUACAUG